AUGGACGGCCUUUUGCAUCGUUGUGAAUGUUUUUUGAUAGCCAACAAAAUGCCCUUCCUCGAAAAACUUUGGCUUGCUGACCGUUACCAACUUAGUCGUCUUUUGGCACUUCUCCUUAAAGAGCUUCGUCCAAAUACACACAAACUUGAUUUAAGCGGGCCUAGAUAUUCGAGUCUUUCGGACCGUGUAAAGGUUUUGCUUCUUGAGAGAAUGCAUGGAUCACCAGCACCAGAAGAACUCCCCGAACCUCCUAUCGAUAUGGAGCACAUGUUAAGUCCAAGUGAUUUGAAUUUUGCCUCUGUCCGUGCAAAGACUGGAAGGGCUUAUCACGUUAAUCCAUAUUAUGUUGCCGCUUGGUCUACACUUUUCCAAGAAAGAUUUUGUAAUGGAAUAGGUGUUGGUGGGGAUGAUGAUUUAAUUUAUUGCCCUUGUUCGAAUGAAGAACUUAAAUAUUUUUUAAUGGCUAUAUAUCCGCCACAAUUAAGAAUAACUGAAUCAAACAUUGCCCCAAUAUUGAUGGCUGCCUGCAAAUUAGAAUCUCAUGGAUUACUGCGAAAAUGCGCUACAAUUUUGCUUAGUUCACAAACACAGUUAAGCGUUUUUGUAAGACUUUCUCUGCUCGAUCGCUGCCGAUUACAAGAACUGCUUGAACAGUGUAUGCAAAUGGUCCAAAGAGCCGAGGAUAUUAUGGAAAUGACGCAACAACAGACGUACGAAUGUCUUUCAACACGCGCAAAAAGUGCAAUGAUGGAUCGUUUUGCACAGCUUGUAAAUAUUCAAGGGAUUCAACAAUUUCCCUUACAAUUAACUAUACACAUUUGUACAAAAUGUAAAUCUCAGUUCAGUUGUUCGGAAAUAGCUUGGCAAUGCAGCCAAUGCAAAACUUUCGUCUCUUCAUCUUUACUCGCAGAAUUAAGCGGGGUUGGAAGACAGAAUCGUCAAGGUUCCCAAUCAGGAAUCAAUCCUUCCCCCCAACCAAUAAAUACAUCUCCGUCUCACACACAACAAUAUGGACGUAAUAUCGUUUCAUCACGUCGAUAGAAAUUUUAUUUUUAGAAAAUUAUGAAUAAAUAUAGUAUGUAGAAUUUUUGCUUUUAGCGUAGAAAAUCUGUGUUUAAAGUUUGCGUUAUAAUAAUAAACAACUGUUGGUCUCUAUAAUUUACUUUUAGAUUUGAUUUCCUACAUAGGUCACAUUUCUCCUGAUCUUUUAACCCUUUUUGGCUAGUCGGUCUUUUAACCACAUUUACCGGAAUCGGUCUUUUAACCACUCGGUCUUUUGUGUUUGG